CGGAAGAAGAGUAAGAGUCAGCAUGUAAAAAGAGAGGAGAGAUUUCAUAUUCUCUCAGUUUCCUGAGAAAAUGAGGGAUCCAAAAAUAGUCUAUGGUCUGUGUGUGCGGGUGGAUUCUGCUGAUCGGAUCCAUGAAGCCGGUGGUUAUUUCUUGCUUUGUUGGAGGGGGGAUACUUGGAUGAGGGGAGGACCCAAUAUGAGAGAGCCCGCUGCUCAUCUAAGCACUCAACUUAUACAUCAUCUAGAAGAAGAGGCUCUAGUUGCAACAAUCAGCAAAGGUGGAAAGGAAGAGCUUAAUCCUGACUAUGCAGUUUGGCUAAACAAUGAUGGCUUACUUACUAGUUGGUUACUUGGAACCAUGAAUGAAGAAGCUUUGAGCCUCGUUGUUGGCUGUGACUCAGCUUUUCAAAUUUGGAAAUGCUUAAAGGAACAUUAUUUGGCAUCAACAAAGGAGCAAGAGUUGCACCUUAAAGGCCAAUUAGCAAUCAAACAAGGAGAUGAUGAAUCUCUUAAAGAUUUCAUAAGAAAAUUCAAGAGAACUUGUGACAAUUUAGCUGCUAUAUGGUUACAAAACAAUGAAAGAGAUUUGCAAGUUGCUGAACAGGAAAGCAAGGAUAAAGUUCCAAACUAUGCCCAAGCCUUCGUUGCACAAAGGAGUAGAGGGCAACGUGGUAGAAGCAAUGGUAGCAGGUACUUCAACUCUAGAGGUAGAGGAUUUGUUCAAGCUAGAAACUAUCGACAUAAUGUGUCCAACCAUAGGAAUCCUAUGAUCAACAACAAUCCUAUACCACAACAAGCCAUACCACAAAAAUUUCAAUCAAAAAAUUCGACACAACAAGGUGAGAAUCAAUGUCAAAUCUGUGGUGUUACAGGCCAUAUAGCCUUAAAAUGCUGGUACAAAUUUGACCAUGCAUAUCAAAGUGAAGAAUUACCUCAAGCUUUUGCAACGUUAAGCCUAUUAGAAGAUAAGGAUCAAAACACUUAUAUUGAUACUGGAGCUACUGACCACAUGACCUCAGAUACAGGACCAAGCAACACAUGCGGUGUUGGCCAGAGGCACUAGGAAAAGGCAAUUGUAUGCAUUGGAUGAAGAGGAAAAACAUGUUCUUGUUGCUAUCUCAAAUAAGGCUAUUGAUUCUAU